GUGGCGGUGGCCUAGCCGCUCGGAGAGCCGGAACCGGCGGUCGAGGCGGAGGGAGAAGGUCCGAGCCUGCUGUGGGCUGGGACCGCACAAACCUGGCUUUCAAGUCCUCUAUGAAAUGUGCGGUACAGAACGUCGGCUGUGCAUCACCAACAGGGGUUCUCGCGAGGUAACAGCAUUCUGGCUCCAUGAUACUGUUGGGAACUCGCAUGGCUGCCGUUCUUGUGAUCCCAAGAUGCAAGAACCAGGAGAACGAUGAGCAGCCGUGUCCAGACAAGUUGCUUUGCACCUCGGAAAAACAAUCCACGCCAAGGACCAAGUCGUGACAGAUGUCGCCAGCAAUCCGUUUUUCAGCAAGCAACUUGGCGGAUGGAGGAAGGAAGGUGGGAAGCGCUAGGUGCCAUGGGGGACCGAGAUUUGAUGUGGGGGCCAAAUGGCAAGCUAAUUCCGAUUAGCUCCAUUUGGUCCGAGGAUGGCGCUGCGUCACCGCAGUCCCGGAAGCGCCGCUCCAGACAGAGGACGUCAGGGAAGGUGAGCGGACAGAACGCGGCGCGCCUGCAAGCUCCUCCCCCUCCGGGCGGAAAUGGGCCGCAGCCUGCCCGGCUUCCCCAGGAUGACAUCACAGCAAAAGAUUUUUUUUCUUUGAACUCUUUAACUUUCGAUCACCUGCCCUCAACAAAGGACUCUGUUUCUAUGAUCAAACAUUAUCAGAACAUGAUUUUGGACAUUAGAGCAAGUCCCUCACAGUCACCCAGAUUUCAUGCCCCGCCCCCCAGGACUCAAGCCACGCCCAAGUCACAAAAAAAUUUUUUUUCACCCACUCAAUCCCAGGUACAAAAAGAAAGACAUUUUGGACAAUUUAUAGGGGAGGAGUUUACCCCCCUCCUGACCUCCCUCCACCCACCCCAAAAAACGGUUCCAGACAGCGGGGAGCGUGUCUGGUAUCCGCUCCUUGAGGGGGGGGCUAGGGCUGGGAACUUUUCAGGUGGGGUGGCUCAGCAUCACCAUGCCGAGCCACAGCCUCCAGCACGGCCGCCACCACCAGUCUUUCGGCCCGCCAAGCCACAGCCUCCAACACGGCCGCCGCCACCGGUUUUUCGGCCGGCUAAGCCGCAACCCCCAGCUAGGCCACCUCCACCGAAGCCACAGCUAGCACCUGUAUCAGCACCAAGUCCAAGGCUAGCUCCAGUGCUGCCGGAUGUCAAGCUUGUCCCUAAAAAGGUCUAA